CUACUGUUCCAGCCAAAAUAAUAAAUCAAAUCCCAGGUAAUUUUUGCUAUACGCUAUGCGAUGCGAUUUGAUUGGUUCAAUCUUUCUAUGAGCUUUGUGCUAUUUUGAUUUUUGGUAUGGGUUGCCAGGUAUCGCCAUCGUGCUUCAACGUCCAACGAUCUUUUCACAUACUAAACAUUAUAUGCGAUAACUAUCACGAUGAUUGUUGUGUCUUUCUAUAUAACUGAGGGGUUUCUUCUCGAGAAAAUGAAUCUUCCGAACGCAUCAAGUCAUCCUCCCCAUCUUUCGUCUAAUAUAUUUAAAGUCCAUUUCAAUCGACAUCUUUCCGCCUUUCCCCAUAUUCACAUCCUGAUAACACAAGAGCCGCAAUCAUGGUAGCCACAGCGACCCUUGCUUCAUGUGCAUAUUACUGCUAUGUACCGGUAAUGAUGACUGGUGUGAUGUUUGGAGGAACCUUUCUCCAAACCACAGCCAUACACAUAUAUCAAAUAUCACGAUCUAAAACCAAGUUUUUCAUCCCCAUUAUAGUGGGAGGUUUGCGUUAGUCCGCAUUCCAUAUCAGACACUAAAUUGCAUGUACUAAUAUUUACCAAUAGUCGAAGCAAUUGGUUAUGGAUGCCGCACCAUCUCACAUUACGAAGCACCAAAUUUCUCGGUUAUCCCUUUCGCUAUCCAAUACACCUGUAUCCUCGUCGCACCAACCAUCAUGGCAGCAGCAGUCUACAUGUACUACGAACAUAUCGUCAAAGCCGUGAGCGGCGAAUCACUUUCGCCAAUUCGCCUAAGCAGAUUCCAAAAGAUCUUCCUCUUUUUCGAUUGUUUCUCUGCUUUGAUUCUCGUCGUCGGCUCUAUUCUUCGUCUCAUGACCAACAUACCUGUUAGUUGGAUUAGACUUGGCAAUCGACUUGUCCUGAUGGGAUUAGGCGAACAACUUGUCUUCCUGGUAAUCUUCGUCUUCACGGUCGGGAAAUUCCAAUACAACAUGUCGCGCAAUCCUUUCCAACGUCUUUCCACAAGCACGAUUCCGAAAUCCUCUCGUGGGGAUGUCCCGUAUAAGAAACAUCUUAUUGCUUUAUAUGUUGCUUCUGCUCUGAUCGCCAUUCGAUCGGUUGUUCGUUUGAUGGAGAAUUUGACCGGCACGACUGGAUUUAUUCGAAGCCAUGAGAUGAUCUUGACUAUUUUCGAUGGAAUGUUUAUGCUUAAUAUGAUGUUUCUCUUUCAGUCUAUUCAUCCCAGUGAGAUUGUCGUGUGGGAAGAAUUUUAUGCUAGUAAUGGGGCUAAUACUCCGCGUCCGUAUUUUGCGGGGGCGAAGUUUUGGCAGGGGAAGAGAUUGACUCGGGUGGAUACGAUAGAGCUCUAGAGAAAGACACAUGGGCGAGGGUAAAUUGAGAAGGUGGGCUGGGCGGAUUUAUGGUGUUUUUGGUAUAGUUUGAUUAGAUAUCCUGGAGUUUGGUCAUGGUCAUGGCGAUUAUGGGGAUUCGGAGAGUUCGGUUAGCGAGGGAAAUUGCAUCGUCAUUCAUUUCAUUUGUUGGAAUAAACAGAUAUAGGUAUAGAGUAGA